UUCUCCCAGCAAAUGUAUGUCAUUCACACGGUGGGACCGAUUGCACAGGGAGGAGUUGGAGAGACGGAGAGGAAAGCACUCAGGUCCUGCUACAUGAACAGCCUGAAAACUGCAACUGAAAACGCUGCACGUUCCGUGGCUUUCCCUUGCAUCUCCACUGGAAUCUACGGAUAUCCACCUGAGCAGGCUGUGCACGAGGCGCUAGCAACUGUGAGGGAGUAUCUCGAUGCACAUCACGACAAGCUGGACAGAGUCAUCUUCUGUGUGUUCUUGCCGACGGAUAAGGAGCUGUAUCUGCAGAACCUCCCGCUCUACUUCCCUGCUGCUCCCACGAAGGCCACUGUCAAGAGUAAACUCUAAGAGGGUGGACUUGUCAGAUUUGGUUGCUGUGGCUACACACCGCUACACUCAACAUCCAGAUCCCUCCUCCUCCUCUUCCUCCUCGCUGUCGACACAGAUCAAGACCUUCUUCAGCAGGAAGAUAAGUUGUAAAUGGCUGAUUGCUUUUUUGAAGUGCACACCGGCUCUCCUGCAGAUGUUGAGUAGUUUUUCUGUUUUUCCCCCGCUAAUGACUGAGGUUAAGAGAAGUGUUGUGACGAAGGUGAGAAAUGAUUUUGACAAUUCUCAUGAAAAAUCGACUGUGUGUCUCUUGAGCUGCGCUCUCCCUGUGAUCACUGGUGACUUUGCAUCAGACUUACAACCCCCCCAUGAAUUAUGUGUCUUGUGUGCUUCGGCAUUUGAAUGCUUGGAUUCAUGUGUGUAUGUGUGUGUGAGCGACACGCCACAAAAGCUUAUUAAAACAAAUCUCACGGGC